AUGUCGAAAACGGUGUUUGGUGAAGGAGGUGAUCCUGGUUCAAACGACCGUAUGAACCGUGAUGUUGAGCCUUCAAAAAAGACUAAAUCAAAACGAGCUAGGGUGUCAUCUGAUGGACGUUCUACAGAUAUACCAGUUCCAGUUGUUGCUCCCGUCACAGAGGAUGAAAGGUGUGAAGCAGCCAUUGCAGCAAAUGAAUCUGUUGAGGUUGAAGAUGUAACAGAACCAAAUGACGGAAACAAGGAUGAUGGUGGGGGUGACGGUUUUUUGGUGCUGCAUACAAGAACUACACCAUCGUCUUUCAGUUCCACGAUGUCUAAGCUAAACCAGAAUCAGAAAAAUGCUGUUAUUGAAAUGGGAUUCGGACAUUUGCUUGAACUUAAUGUUAGAGCUUUGCCAACCAAGAUGGCCUACUGGUUGUUGGAGAAUUUUGAUCAUGAGACAGGUAAUUUGGUGAUCGAUGAUAAUGUUCAGAUUAAGGUGACUGAAGACGACGUAUAUAGAGUAUUUGGAUUUCCAAGGGGUACAGAAAAGAUUAAUAGAUUCGUAUAUUCAGCUUGCAAUGCUUUGAGUCUGCGUUGGGUACAGAAGUUCAACGUUUACAAUCGUGAACAUAUAAAAAUCAAGGUUGUUUUAGCUAAGAUGUUAGCUGAUACUGAUGGUGGUGUGUGGUUCAGAAGGCAUUUCAUUGUUGCACUUCAGUUCAGUCUGAUAGAAAGCUAUCCGAAUGGGAUGGUUCAUCCAUUCGUGAUGAGAUGUCUAGAAGAUUUGGGUAAGAUCCAAAAUUGGAACUGGGGUGAAUAUGUCGUUCAGAGUUUAUUGCAUCACAAAGAAAGUUGGAUAGACAAUGAAAAGCAUAUCUUCUGUGGUCCAGUGCUCUUCUUGGUUCUUCUUUAUGUUGAUGGAAUGGAGAUUGAUGGUUUCGACAAAGGGCGUUCAUACCCCAUAUUGGUGAACUGGAACGGAACUGAUCUAAGGAAGCGGCAGAAGAUUGAAGUUGACAGUAAAAUUUUUGGGUCUGGAUCACUACGUGGCCCAAUACCACUACCACAGGCAGAAAUAAUAGGUUCUUCAAAUUUAUGCGUUAGUCCAUCUGUGGCUGUUGUUGAGUCAUCCGAAAGUUCACUGCAAUCGAGGAUGCUUAAGAUAUCGCGUGAAAUAUCUGAAAAGGCGAAGAUCCUUAAAGCCAUGUUGGAAGAGGCAUCGAAUGAAGAGCGUGCGUCACUUUUGUUCAGAGAAUGCGUUUUGAGGUGCGCAAAUAUAUCAGGUGUUCCACUUGCUCUGAACUAUGAUGGUUCAUCUGACAUUGUUCGGCGCACGGGUGAAGGAACAAGAUCUACAGACUGUGGACAAGUGCAUGAAAAGGGAUCGCCAUUAGGCGAAGAUACUGCUGUAGAUGAUGUUGACUCAGAGGAUACGAUGAGCGCUGAGUUGGAUACUGAACUUACUGCCCGAGAAGAUAAUGAUGAUGAAUUUACGAGUGACGAAGAAACUGAUGAGGUACUUAAAGUAUUCAAUUAA